CUCCGCAGGUACCGCACCGGGACCGGCCCGGCCCGCGCUCCCGCUGCCGCCCCGCGCAGCUCUUCCCUCCCUGAACCCCGCGUAGCUGUUCCCUAUUGCUCGAAACAUCUUUAUUUCAGACUCGUGCAAGGACCAGACACCGCCUGUAAGAACCGGCCUCUCGACCUCCUCUUCAUCGUAGACAGCUCCCGCAGCGUGCGACCCGAGGAGUUUGAGAAAGUGAAACUCUUCCUGUCAGAAAUGAUCGAUACCCUGGAUGUUGGUGAAAGAACGACGCGCGUGGCCGUCGUGAACUACGCCAGCACCGUCAGGGUGGAGUUUCCCCUCCGGACCCACUUUGACAGAGCCUCUCUGAAGGAGGCUGUGUCCCGCAUUGCGCCCUUGUCUGCUGGCACCAUGACCGGCCUUGCCAUCCGAACUGCCAUGGAAGAAGUCUUCACCGAGGAAAUGGGCGCCCGGCCAGCAGCCUUCAGCAUCCCCAGGGUGGUCAUUGUGGUGACGGACGGGCGGCCGCAGGACCAGGUCCAAGGUGUGGCGGCGAGCGCGCGGACGGCCGGCAUCGAGAUCUACGCGGUCGGGGUGGGCCGGGCGGACGUGCAGUCCCUGAGGAUGAUGGCCAGCGAGCCCCUGGAUGAACACGUCUUCUAUGUGGAGACCUACGGCGUGAUCGAAAAGCUGACAUCCAGAUUCAGGGAGACUUUCUGUGCUGUGGACCCAUGUGCACCUGGGAGGCACGAGUGUGACCAGAUCUGUGUGAGUAACAACAGCUCCUAUGUCUGUGACUGCUAUGAAGGCUACACCUUGAAUCCAAACAAGAAGACUUGCUCAGCCAUGGACAUGUGUGCACCUGGGAGGCAUGACUGUGCCCAAGUCUGUCUGAGGAAUGAUGGAUCCUACAGCUGUGGCUGCUAUGAGGGAUACACUCUGAAUCCAGACAAGAAGACUUGCUCAGGAGCCAUAACAAGCAGUCUUGUAACUGCUGAAGAAUCCUGUAAGUGUGAAGCCAUAGCUGCCCUCCAGGACUCGGUGACCUCACGCCUCGAAGCUCUGUCCACAAAAUUAGACGAAGUGUCUGAGAAGCUGCAGGCAUAUCAAGACAGACAGCAGAUUGUCUGAGCUAUCAUUUUGCUUUAUUUUAAAAUAAUCUUUCAGAAUCAAGCCUUUUUAUUGUUUUCAGGAAGCUUUAUUUCAUUGCACAGCUUACAAAACAGCAGUAGUUUAUUAUUAUUGACAAACAUGGAGAAGACUUCAGGAAGACAAGAGUCUUGAAAAUACAGUGACACUAAGGAUCUUCAUGUACAGUCACUUUAUAGCCAUGAAGCUACUCAUCCCUGCUGUGCUUCAGUUUCUACUGCAGAUACUGCUUUUCUGUAGUAACUGCAUUUUUUAUUCUCUUACUUCAAAGUAAAUGCAGAAAAAAAAAGAAUGGAUACAGUAUAUCACAUUAUAUAAAAUUUUGAAAUGGCAAGGCAGAAUGAAAAAAUGUGCCUAUGUCUUCUGUCAAUUAAAUGGGGAAUUUGGGAUUGUGUAACUUAUUGUAAUAAAAUAUAAUAUGAUAUGCACAUU